UCGUUCAGCUACGCUGGCACCAACCACUUCAGCGUUGGACCGCUUAACAGCACACUGGCCCUUUAUGCUGCAGCUACUGGCGGCGCUGCACGGUCUAGUCAGUCAUCAGGUUUUCGACACGGUCCUGUUACGUCCUGUCCGACUGUAGUUGCCGCCUCUCUACAGAGAAACAACAUAUACAGGCCGCCGCUUUUGACCGCGGUGGCAGUUCCCCGAAAUCGGAGGAGGCGCAAACGCUGUUUGCCCGUCUGCUGUCUCUCCCAUCAAAGCCGCAAUAACGGCCACUGUUAGUGGAACGUGUCGCCCCCAUAAGUUCGUGUCGUCUGUCCGUUAACUAGGCGGCAGGCUUAUCCAUUGCCUUCGCGUUUUGUAGCUUUGCGGUUCUAUGUUCGUUUGUCGGGACUCUUGUUGAUACGUGCUGCUACAGCCGUAGCUAGCGUGUGCAGAGUUUAGAAGUCAUCGCUACACUAAUAGGUGUAGUUGCGCUAAAAGUAAAAGCAAUUUGUAGCAAUCUUCAGUAAAGAGGGGGAAAGGAAGAAAGUUAUGGUAGUUUCUUGGCCGUCGACGUCCUGUCAGAUAGUGGUCAAGAUAGUAGCGGUGAUGUAUGAGGUGGCACUUAACAACAACCGAGAGAGUUGAAACGGCGGGCCCAGCAGGAGGAUAACGUAUAGAGAAGGAAAACACAGAUAGGAUAACAAAGAACAGGAAAGACGUGAGGACGUUCGUUAACUGUGAUUAUACUGUACAACGUGAGAUCACAGAACAAAAGGGCAAGGUAGUCAGAGUUGUAAGAGAGGAGUGGAUGUGCACAAUACGGUGGGAGAUUGGGCAAAACAAAACGAUUGUACGCUUUGGAAGCCAGCUCUUAGGCGACUAAGUGAGGCAACAGUUGCUGUAAGGUGAAAGGUGCAUACAUGUGAAACGUUUGUCAGCAGCAGUGACGACACGUUUCACAGACGACAUCGUGCUACAAGACAGGCCUUUGCUGAUUUUCAGCUGGCCGUUCUAGAUACACCAAGUUAAUGUUAGCGGCACUGUAGUGAAGAAGCACUGGAGAGGGGUGACAGGUACCCCACCUGUAUUGCGCCAAUAAAAAAUUCAGGAAGUGAACAGUGAAUACAGCCGAAAUAACGAGAGUGUAGCACAUCAUACAGAGAUCGAAUAGGAAAGUUAUACAAAACUAAAUAUAACAAAGACCACUUCACUAAGCAUAUAUUCAUAAAUUUGCACCUGGUGUAAUCUGCUAUUAUCACAGAUUUCACCGGCGCAAUGAACCACGCCGUGAAAGCGGUAGCUUUGCUGGCCACCGCGUUGCUUGUGUUGGCCACGAGCCCAACAGGUGUCAGCUCGGAAAUUGCCCACAGAAAAUUCGAAUAUAAGUACUCGUUCAAGGGACCCUAUUUGUCGCAAAAAGAUGGAUCGGUUCCAUUCUGGGAGUAUUCGGGAAGCACGAUCGCCUCCGAAGAAAUGGUCCGAAUCACACCAUCGUUGCGCAGCAAAAAAGGUGCCAUCUGGACGAAGAAUCCCAUCAAUUUUAUGUGGUGGGAGAUUGAAAUGGUGUUCCGAGUAAACGGACGUGGUAGACUCGGCGCCGAUGGUCUAGCCCUAUGGUAUACCGCACAGAAGAUGACUGAAGGAAACACGUUCGGUUCAUCUGACCAGUGGGGUGGCCUGGGCAUAUUCUUUGAUUCGUUCGAUAACGACAAUCGUAAUAAUAAUCCCUACAUUAUGGCUAUGUUGAACGACGGUACAAAGACGUACGAUCACGAGUCGGAUGGAAUCUCGCAACAGCUGGCCGGCUGUCUACGCGAUUUUAGGAAUAAACCUUUUCCCGUCAAAGCUAAGGUCGAAUACUUCCAAAAUGUUCUUCAACUAUUUUUCCAUUCGGGCAACACGAACACUGAUGAGGACUACGAACUUUGUUUGCGGGUCGAGAACGUUUUUCUUCCCGCUAACGGCUACUUCGGAGUGUCGGCAGCCACCGGCGGUCUCGCUGACGACCACGACGUUCUAAAGUUUUUGACGACAUCAUUGUAUGCCCCUGGGCAAGCACCUCAGAUGCAAGGGAACAUUGCUGAUCCGGAGAAAGAGAAGUUUACAAAAGAGUACGAACAGUAUAAAGCUAAACUUGAACAGCAAAAAGAGGAGUUCCGCAAGGCUCAUCCCGAACAGCAGGCACAGAUCGACCAACAUGGAGAUCCUGAACAGGCCUAUGAGAGCCAACAAAGCAAGGAGUUGCGCCAAAUUUUUGAGGGACAGGCUCAUAUGUACGAGGGAAUGAAGUUGCUGCAUCGUAAACUGGAUGAGCUGCUUGGUCGGCAAGAACGCACUCUCAGCAUGGUUAGCAUGAUCCAACAAGGGCAACAUGUUGGAGUUGCCAUCCAUCCGGGAGGAGCCCCACAACAACAGCAAUACCAGCAGACUCAGCCAGGAGUCGGUCUGCCGAUUCAGCGACACGAGGUCGAUGCGAUUCUUACAACACAGAGGGACAUGGUCGCCACCCUCAAUACAAUGCGAGCGUCCAUUGCUGAGGUGUCUCGAAAGGCUGGGCAGGUUAAUGUCGCUGGUGGAAGCAAUAGCGGUGCCGGUAUCGAGGCUCGUUUUAUAGGUGAGAUGCGCGACUCAAUCAACGUGGUAAAACGUGACAUCGCUUCGAUAUUGGCAGCCACGCUCAACCGGGCGCAACCCCUGGGCGGAUGUACGCAGCCGGCUUGCGUCGGCACCAUGACGUUCAUCGCAUUCACUUGCACGCAACUUAUGCUUAUUCUUGGCUACAUGAUCUACCGAAAUAGCAAAGCUGACGCUGCAAAAAAAUUCUACUAAGAAACCAACAAAUGUCUUACACUUAGAUUAGGGAUUCACUUGGCCAAAUGAAUGUUGUUCUUUCGUGUACAGAUUUUAAGAAUUGGAUUAUCGACUUGUCUUGCGAAUGUAACCAGCACAAAUGUCUGAUGGACGCCCACAAAGAUCCUAUGAAGCAGACCCAACUCCCCGAAAUGAGAUAACUGAGCCGAGAUAAUGGUCGCUCCGAAGGACUCAGGGAGAAAAUGCACGGUCAAGAACACAUAAGUCAUCAUUAUUAGUUGACAAGAGAUGCGAUCAAGUCCUAUUCGAUGGACAGAAUUACGAAAAAGAACGAUUAGCAAAAACUACCGAAACUACGAAUGAACCGAAAAAGAUUUCUUAAAUUUAUGGUAAAUCUGUUUCCGAUACGUUAGCAAAUGCCACCACAAUAACAGAAACUGCAUACAAUAUCAAUAAUAACAAUAACAGAUGGAUUUACGAAUGUUGUAAAGGAGCCUGAAUGACUAUACAUGGAACUGAUUGAAUGGCAAAAAAAAAACUGUUUGAAAUACAUAAAAUGUAUAUGGAUGUCCUGUAUAGAACAUUAUUUAAUAUAUGCCACGAUAAUGUGUGGUAAAUGUGAAAUUUACCAGUUUUAUAAUAGGCGCUAGGCAGAACUGGACAUUGGAACAGAAAGGGAUGAACAGCACCAUCCACCAAGAAGCGAUUUAGCUCCAUAGGUGAUAUGGUUUGAUAAACGUAAAAUAAGGGCGAAUAUGCCAAUUAGUCAAAGAUACGCAUGUGUAAAGAGAAAUGUAUCAAUGAGAAGGUAGCGAUGUGUGGCUGGAUGCGGUGUCUAUGAGAACAAGUCAACCUGUGGCCGCAGCAGUAGUAAAAUAGCAUGUGAAACGAUUGUCCAUUGCAUUUAUCUAUCCUCCAUUAUACUUUCUGAUAGUUAAUGAUAAGCCUCAGGUAUGUUUCAAAGUUGAAUUAAUCUAAGGAACCCUUGCACCCACCUUGGUAAUCGUCCCGGAAACGUUGUAAACUUAUACCAUUCUCGGUGCUCAAGAUAAAUCUUGGAUGAAGAUCUUCGUGUACAAUGUGUGCGAAAGAUGAUUUGUUUUAUCGAGAAAAAUAGGCUCAAAAAAAUUUGCCUUUGCUCUAAGAAACCCAUACAUCGCGGGGCACUAGAUAAUGCACAGCCACCGCCGUCAACUGCAAAUCACUGUUCCAAAUGUUUUUGAGGACAUUUUAUCACUACUGGCAUGUAUGGCCUAUUAACCUGCAUGCAUACAGUGCAAUGCGAAAAGGUGCAACCUUUGUUUAGGUAGUAAACUUUCACGUGAUCUGAAUGCUCUUUAGCCGAUGUACGUGUUUGUACCCUCUCAUCUUCUCAAUGUGGCAGAAUGUAUACUAGCAUUAUUAUUACUACUCCUAUUUUGAUCUGAUGACUCUAAAGUUAGGUAUUCAUUUUUUUUGUCUUUAAUAGCAUCAGCUAAGCAAGCUAUUGCAAGCUUGUCAUUAAAAUUGUACUUUCUUCCAAGGAAUGCAAUAUUACCUAGCAAUUAUUAAUCACUAAGUCAAUGCACUACAGUGUGUCGCUGCUCUGAAAAAUGAAUAGUUGCCUGAUCAUACAAUUUUAUCCAUGGGAUCUACAUAGGGAAAGCAAAGAGCCCUAAAACCUGAAACCCAAUGUACUAAGCGAGAACGCCCAAAUAAUGUUCGGCUGAGGAUCCGUAGCAACAAAUGGUCGUGUUUUUGUUUUUUCCGUUUUUGUUACAAUGGCAUUAAAAUUAAAUUAGGCCCUUACCGCAAAAGUUAAUGCUUCUAUCUAACAUGUAGAAUUCAUGUUAUAUUUGCAAAUACAUAUGCGAUUAAAACAUCCUAUUGCACUGCACGGAUGGCGAGACAGCGAAGGAUUUAGAUGGGGUCGUCUGCAACAAAGGCAAAUAGCCAGUUACGUUUGUUAGCAAUAUUUCUCAAUCGUGCUCUGUAUUGUUAUCGUCAACGGCACUAUAAUGGAAGAAAAUGACGUUCUUUUAAUCGAAAGAGAAGGAAUUGUUCAUUGUUCUGACGAUUCCAGUUAGGUCAAUAGUUCCAUAGUCACAUGACGUUAUAGAAAACGAUGCAAAAGCAAAAUGUUCGUACUGCGCCAAAAAAUAUGAUAAUACUGUGAGAAUUCUGGAACUGUCACGUGUUUAAAGUGCACCUUUAUGAACUGGUUAGAAUUAAACGAACUGACUGAUCUAUCAAAUUAAUAUGAUACAUUAUUCGCCUCUUAUUUAAACGAAAUUAUAGCCGUCAAGAUGGUGUCGCGGAAAAGCUUUUUUUUUGAGAAACAUGCACAGUAUGAUGUUUUUAGGUGAGCGUACGCGAAAGUAACGAACGUGUUGUUUUAGGAAGUGUCUGUGGUCAACAUAAGUUGACAAGCAGUAGAUAAUUAACGGAUUAGUCAUGUCGUUGGAGAGAAAAGAUUUUAUGGCGGAAGCGAGGGAAGGUAAUCCAGCCCUGUGAAAAAUGCAAAGAAACAAAUUUAUUAAUAGUAUUUAUAAGUUUAUAUAAAUAAAAAAGUGAAAGGUAUUAUGGCGUUGAUGAUCACAAAGACACCCGCGGUGGUAAAGGAUACUUGAAAAAUGAGAACUAAUAAAGUAUAUUAUUAAAGUUUUUAAAUAAAACGGAAUGUCUACA